AUUUGUAUGUUAUGUCAAGAAAAACCCUUCUGUCACUUUUGUUUAUAUUUUCUUGUGCAAUUUUCAUCAGACAAGAAUAAGACAAAGCUGAGAUUUAUCUUCUUUAUUUAAUCUUUAAAAAUGGAACAAUCUUUAGAAAAAGUGUUAAAUGAUAUAGUUUCAGCACCAGAAACAACAGCAUGUUUGUUUGCUAACAAACAAGGUCUUUGUCUCUGCACAAAAGGAAAGAUUAGUUCGGAAAUGGCUGGUAUUGGCAUAGCAAUAUCUGAGCAAGCUUGUAAAUUGGAACCAAACUUAAAUCCACCAACAAUAUGCAUGUACAGUGGCAAUAGGAGAUGCAUUAUUCAGAAAGACGGUGAAAUCACAGGAGUGCUUUACAAACAAUCACCAAAUUAAACAAAGAAAACAGAAAAAAAAGAAUCUUCCAAAAAGACGUAGUGACGUUUUUUAAAUGCAUUAACAUUUACUUUUUGUUUGAAUCUAUUAAGAAAUCGAAAUUGUCAGCAUAUUAUUUAGUUAUAGCUUUUAAUUAUAAAUGCAGACAUCUUUUAUAAUACAAAAUAAAGUGGCUUAAAUAAUAAAAAUAGU